UUCCUUUAAUAAAUUUCUCCAGUUGAUAAAAAAGAAAAAGCCAUUUUCCACCUCGAAAUGUGAGUUUUUCGGCCACACCUUGGAGCCAAGUUUAUAACUUACAAACGCACAAGCAAGCCAUUGCAUUGGGUGUGCCAUUAUCUUCUUCAAGAGCCAAUGGCUUUGUGCUCCAUCUUCUGCCCUCUUAUCCCUCUUCGAUUCAGAUCAAAACCCAUUUCCCCUUUCCUCUCAAAACCUCUGUUUUCUCUCUCUUUUAGGGUCUACUCUUCCCAGCAACCUUCUCCCUCCACCAAAGAUGAACUUGGAACUGUUAGCAUUGGAUUUCUGGGAUUGGGAAUCAUGGGUUCUCCAAUGGCACAAAACCUCAUCAAAGCUGGCUGUGAUGUAACUGUAUGGAAUCGAACGAAGAGCAAAUGUGAUCCUCUCAUCGGUUUAGGAGCAAAGUACAAGUCGUCCCCUGAAGAAGUGACUGCGGCUUGCGAUCUCACAUUUGCAAUGCUUGCUGAUCCUGAAAGUGCAAUUGAUGUUGCGUGUGGGAAGAAUGGAGCCGUAUCUGGAAUUAGUUCAGGAAAAGGGUAUGUUGAUGUCUCAACCGUUGAUGCUGCCUCAUCGAUGUUAAUCAGCAAGCAAAUAAAGGAUACCGGAGCACUGUUUUUGGAGGCACCAGUUUCGGGUUCCAAAAAGCCUGCCGAAGAUGGGCAGUUGAUAUUCCUCACUGCAGGUGACAAGCUGCUAUACGAAAAAGCUGCUCCUUUCUUAGACAUCAUGGGAAAGUCGAGAUUCUAUUUGGGUGAAGUUGGUAAUGGAGCAGCAAUGAAGCUUGUCGUCAACAUGAUCAUGGGAAGUAUGAUGGCAUCAUUCGCCGAGGGAAUACUUCUAAGCGAGAAAGUAGGGCUCGAUCCAAAUGUACUGGUCGAGGUUGUCUCUCAGGGAGCUAUCAAUGCACCAAUGUACUCGCUAAAGGGUCCUUCGAUGAUCAAGUCAGUGUACCCUACAGCUUUUCCAUUGAAGCAUCAGCAGAAGGACAUGAGGCUCGCUCUCGGACUAGCGGAAUCCGUUUCGCAAUCUACUCCGAUUGCAGCUGCUGCAAACGAGCUUUACAAGGUUGCCAAAUCUUAUGGAUUGAGCGAUGAAGAUUUCUCUGCCGUCAUUGAAGCUCUGAAAGCUGCAAAAUCGCAAAAAGCAUAGCCAAAGAAUUGUUCUUUAUUUCCUGUUCUAUGUGAAAGAGUGUCUUUGUUGUGUGAAACUUUUUUAACUUUAUAAUAAAUGUCUGUCGUCUACUGGUAUUUGUUUAUGCAUAAGAACCAGUUAAAAAGUGUCAAUACAGGUCAACCUUUGAUCUCCUGAUGUUGACAAAGUGAGAAGAAAACUGU